CCCUAUUGCCUCCCCUACGUACUCCAUACUUAACUCGUCCCGCUCUCGCCAUCUGCAGUCGGGGAGAGAGUUGGACAGAACUUUGCCUUGUGCUUCCCUCUCUCUCUCCUCUCAAUUUCCCCACAAGAAGAUGUUGACUGGCCUGUCCAUCUGCUUUGAAUUUGCCGUCGCCGUUGUCGAACAUGUCGACUGCCAAGGACAUGGAAGUACCCACCACGCGACCUGUCUACAAGGUCUAUAAGCGGCGAUUCUGGGGUCUGGCGCAGCUGGCCUUACUGAAUAUCGUCGUGAGCUGGGAUUGGUUGACCUUCUCCUCCAUCUCGACUACCUCUGCCGAGUACUUUGAUGUCUCUGAGAGUGCCAUCAAUUGGCUGAGCACGGGCUUCCUCUUUGCCUUUUGUAUUGCCAGUCCCUUCGUCAUUUGGGUCCUCAACAAAGGUGGCCCCAAACCAGCCAUCAUUAUCACCGCGGCGCUCCUCCUUGUCGGUAAUUGGCUGCGAUAUGCAGGUACCAAAGCCAAUGGCGGCAUUUUUGGACUCGUCAUGUUCGGCCAGAUCAUUAUCGGCCUGGCGCAGCCAUUCUGCUUGUGCGCGCCCACGCGCUAUAGUGACCAGUGGUUCUCCGAUAAAGGACGCACGAGCGCCACGGCACUUGCCAGUUUGGCGAACCCGCUCGGCGCGGCAAUUGGGCAAUUGGUGGACUCGGAAUUGGCAACGAAGCCAUCUGAUAUCCCCAAUAUGGUUCUAUAUAUUUCCAUCAUCACAACCGUCGUAUCAAUCCCAGCUUUCUUCCUCCCCGCAGAACCACCCACACCACCCAGCGCCUCAUCCGCCAUCCCUCGCACACCACUCAUCCCCGCAACACGUCAACUACUCGGCACCCUCGAAUUCUGGCUCAUCCUCGCCGCCUUCGCCGUCUACGUCGGCUUCUUCAACAGCGUCUCCUCCCUCCUCAACCAAAUCCUCAGUCCAUAUGGCUUCUCCGAAACGGACGCCGGAAUUGCCGGCGCAAUCCUCAUCGUGGUCGGCCUAAUCUCAGCCGCGAUCAUGUCGCCCAUCAUUGACAAAUGGAAACACUACCUCGGCUCGAUCCGCAUCCUAGUUCCCAUCAUUGUGGCUUCGUAUAUCGGGCUGAUUUUCGCACCGUCGAGUUCGGCCGGUAUUGGGCCGAUGUAUGCCGUUAUGGCGCUAAUGGGGGCGUCUUCGUUUGCGCUUUUGCCGAUUGUCUUGGAGUAUUUAGUCGAGAUUACGUAUCCAUUCUCGCCGGAGAUUGGGAGCACCAUCUGCUGGACGAGUGGGCAGUUGCUCGGUGCUUGUUUUAUUCUUAUUCAAGAUGCGUUGAAGGAUGGGCAGGAUGCGAGUCCGCCGGCUAAUAUGCGCCGGGCACUGAUCUUCUCGUGUGUCUUGUGCGCGGUGGUGGCGCCGUUGCCCAUUUCUAUUGGGUUGUUUGGUAGGAUCGUCAAGCGUCGGAGGUUGGAGGUUGAUCGUGGGGUUGAGUUGGAUUCGGCAGAGGUGAGUCCCCAGAGUACUGGUGCUCAUGUGCCAGAAGGGGGUGUUUCUCAUAUUCACUCGGGCAGUGUGGAAGACUCGACUUACAAGAAGGUUUGAGUCGACAAGGCGGGCGUGAAUGAUGACGACUCCAAGUCCAUGUUUUUCUGCGAUAUAGUUUAAUUUGCACCACACCUGUUGAUACUUUUCCCAUAUUUCCUUGGGUAAUCUUUAUUCCCCUAACUUUCCUUAGCAGCGUUUCCCCUCGAGAGUAACUUGGAAAUUGACCGUAAUUCCUGG